UAACAGACUUGAGAGAGGACGUAGGCUACACUCAGGUGAAGGUCAAGAACUGUUUGAUUGCCUCACACAGAAGGAGAGGAUGGAGGUUGUUUUCAAGGAGGGGAUGCUCUACGUUAAGGGAAACAAGUUUGGAAAGAAAACGUGGAGGAAGACGUGGAUCGUUCUCUACCCCACUAGCAUUUUCGGCAUCGGUCGAGUCGAAUUCCACGACAUCCUUGACGGAGGCCACACAACCACCAAGUCCAAAUCCACCCAGUGUAGGAGGAUUGUUCAGCUGUGCGACUGCCUCAGUGUUACCCUGGUCCCAGAGGAGAGCUUCGCUCCAGCACUACCUAACGAUGACUGUAGAGCGUUUGACCUGAACACCACACAAAGAAGAUACAUCCUGGCCUCAGAGAACUACCAUGACUGGGUGGGGGCUCUCUGCCAACUAGCCUUCCAGAAAGAGCCUGGACACACAGAGACCAGAGAGAAGGAGAGAGGAGGUGGGAUGGGGAUACCCAUGGAGGAGAAUGAGCUGUAUGCUACCUGGAAGACAGCCCAAUACCAGGUGACAGUUAAGACCAAUGAGGCGUCAAGGAGAUGUCAGCUGACAGGAAGUUACCUCCUCUUGCCAGAACGAGAUGCCAUAUUGCUCCAGGACCUCCAGACUGGUGUGACCGUCAACUGCUGGCCCUACCACCUGCUACGACGCUUCGGACAGGUCAAGGGGGGCUUCAGCAUCGAGGCGGGCCGUCGCUGUAGCUCGGGAGAGGGUCAAUUCACCUUCAUGUCUAAGCACGCUCCUCAGAUCUACAAGGCCAUGGAAGAUGCUCUUACUCUGCACAGAGAGAUGGAGAAUGAAGACACCAAGACCUCUAUCCAGCCUCCUAGCAACUCAUCGUCUCCUCAACUUCCUCAUUCUUCCACCUCUACUCACCUUCCAAAUAACUCAUCGUCUCCUCAACUUCCUCAUUCUUCCACCUCUACUCACCUUCCAAAUAACUCAUCGUCUCCUCAACUUCCUCAUUCUUCCACCUCUACUCACCCUCCACGUAACUCAUCGUCUCCUCAGCUUCCUCAUUCUUCCACCUCUACUCACCCUCCUAUCAAACACAGAGUCCACACCCGCACCGACCUAUCAGACAGACCCACUGCCCCUCCUCUACCAAUGAGAAACAACCUCUUACACAGCCCUCCAAUCAUAUCUCCUGUUACUGAACAGGUUCCGGGGUCUGAGCCAAUGGCUGACUCUGAUUGUGAUCUGUAUGCCACUAUAGAGGACCACCUCCUCCCCAGAAUGAAGCACCCGCCAGCCCCACUCAGGAUGCAGCACAGCCUGCAUCUCUAUGAGGAGGAAGAGGAGGAGGAGAGGUGUCACUCCCUGGAUACCGUCGACCUGAACAAACUGAGGCUGGGGGUGGGGCUGGGGGAGGGGUCUCCUUAUUACAACCUGAGAAGGGGUAUUACUGGGAGGGCAGAGGAGGAGGAGGAGGAGGAGAGAGAGAGGGAGAGUAUGGUGGGUAGCUCACAGUGUAUCUAUGCUUUAGUGAACAAGCCCUCUGAGACACAACCACUGUCUCUGGCCUGGUCCCUGCCUCAACCCCAAACCCAGUCCCGGUCUAUGCCAAACCUCUCCCGCCUGCAGGCCCAGGCCCAGCUACAGGGGGAAGAAGAGAUGGGCUUGAGGGGCUCCAUCACCCCCAACCAGGACCCUAUCAGCUUUAAACAGAAGCUCUCUGACAUCCUGGGUAAGGAUCUGGCUAAGUUCCAGCAGCCCCUACCCCCCCUGGCCACAGUGACACCAAGAGGCAGCGAAUACUAAUGUCUACCGUUACUAAAAGACUUGUGACUGUUAUACCAGCUCUAUCAGGUCCAUCAGAACUAGAAGACAUGGGGAGGUGACUGUUAUACCAGCUCUAUCAGAACUAGAAGACAUGGGGAGGGGACUGUUAUACCAGCUCUAUCAGAAAUAGAAGACAUGGGGAAGGGACUGUUAUACCAGCUCUAUCAGCUCUAUCAGAACUAGAAGACAUGGGGAGGGGACUGUUAUACCAGCUCUAUCAGAAAUAGAAGACAUGGGGAGGGGACUGUUAUACCAGCUCUAUCAGAACUAGAAGACAUGGGGAGGUGACUGUUAUACCAGCUCUAUCUGAACUAGAAGACAUGGGGAGGUGACUGUUAUACCAGCUCUAUCAGAACUAGAAGACAUGGGGAGGGGACUGUUAUACCAGCUCUAUCAGAACUAGAAGACAUGGGGAGGGGACUGUUAUACCAGCUCUAUCAGAACUAGAAGACAUGGGGAGGGGACUGUUAUACCAGCUCUAUCAG